ACUUCAUUUAAACAAGAGCACGUCAUGAUCAAGAGAUGGUCCCUUUCACCUCUAUAUAAACACCUACAAUAAGUUCAUCAUUUUAUUCGAUUCUCACAAAGAGAGUUGGGGAGAAAAAAGAAGAAAUAGAAAAACACAACAAAAAAGCAACAUAUUUUGUUAUUAUUGUCCAAUUUCAUUUAGUCAUGAUUUCACUUCAAACUAGUCUAUCACAAGAUUUAUCUAAGAAGAGAAAGUGGGAAGAAAUCUCUGAAAAGCCACAACAAGAGCUUCAGCUCGAGACUCCACUACCUUUGGAGUGGCAACGUUGCCUCGAUAUUAAGUCUGGACAUAUAUAUUUCCAUAACACAAGGACACAAGAGAGAACAUCAAGAGAUCCUAGAUUGAGUCCUGAUCUUCCACCAACUCCAGAUCAUAUAAGUUUAGACCUUCAACUGAAUUUACCAUGUGGAUCAUUAGAGAACAACCAAUUGGGUGACUACUUCACCAAGAAUGAUUCUGUUGCAAGAUCAAGUUAUUACUCCAAAAGAAGUGGUGAAAUGGAUCUAGGUUUCACUCGUUCUCCGUCGUGGUUGACGUUUGAUGGUGAUGAUCAACGAGAAAUGUUCACUGCUGUUUGCAAAAAGUGUCAUAUGUUAGUGAUGAUGUGCAAGUCUUCACCAGCAUGUCCCAAUUGCAAAUUCAUCAACCCAACGCCAGACCAAAGAUCUCCUAAUACUCUGUUUAAGAGAAAGCUAAGUCUCUCAUGUCGAGCUUAAAUGCAAUAAUAUGAUCAGUGAGGAUUCAUAUAACUGGCCUCAAUUUGUUGGGAAUAGAGACAUAGAUGUUGUUAUGUUGUUCAAGUUGUGGAAGAUUGUCUUAAAUGGCUCCCUCCAUUUAAUUUCGUAGGAAAAGGCAAAAGGCUUGUAUAUUCAGUAUAUGUUUAUAUUUUUAUAUUAUGUGCCCGAAUUAAGAAA